CCAACCUAGUCAAAUCGGCGGAGUAAUCGCGCUGUCCGGCGCGUCUCCCCAAAUUCGCAGGUUACUCCACUUCAUUCCUUGCAGUCUGCUGUAUCAUACUUCUGCUGGCUGCUAUCUCCGACCGAGUCAUCGUCGCCAAUAAUGGCCGACGAUGAAUGCGCCAAUCCGCUCCUUCUUGGGUUUCUGAGGGACUGGUAUGAUACUGCAAGGCAACAAAACUCCAAGAGAGUUACUACCUACAGAAAUGCCUACGAAGCUAUGAGGGUAUGUCCGAUACCCUUUCAGCAUCCUAGUGAAGCGAUCCAACUCAAAGGCCUUGGGCCAGUUCUCUGCGAGAGGCUAACACAAGCUCUGCGAAUCCAUUGCGAGGCCAAUGGUCUCCCGAUGCCGAAAAAGGCAAAACGGCGUCGCGCUCGUGAUGACUUGGACGGAGGGGAGAGCGCCGCUGGGGAAGGAUCAGGAGCUGCCCCGCCACCGAAGAAAAGACGGCCAACCAAAGCCUACAUUCCCAAGAAACGCACCGGCGCAUAUGCGCUCCUAUACGCUCUUUACAAGGGUGAUGGAGAUAUGCUGACUAAAACGGAGCUCAUCGACCGAGCGAGACCGUACUGUGAUUCGUCUUUCGAUGCUCCGGCCGAGGCGGGAAAGUUUUACACUGCCUGGGCCUCCAUGAGGACUCUCAUAAGCAGCAACUAUGUGUAUUUCAGUGGUAACCCGAAGAGGUAUAUGUUGACAGAAGGAGGGGAGGAGGUCGGGAGGGGGAUUCUGGCUGCCGAAGAGGGCUUGGAUCUAGGUCUUGGGGACACCGAUGGCGGUUUUGGGGAGGCAGCCCAAGUUGGAGGUCCCACAGCUAGAGGGGGUGCGACCGCUUCAGGUAGCGUUCCUAGUUCGAGGUCGAAGAGAACCCCUGCCGUGCGUAAUACCUGGGGCGGAGAUGGAAGUGAGGAUAGCAGUGAUGUAGCCCCAUCACGUCACCGACGCCGGGCUGACCCGAGACAUGAGGAGGAUAAUAGACCUAUCUUGCGAAGAAUAUUAGAAGAGCCAGAAGCUAAUUCUAGGGCAUCUGAGGAUGGCCUUGAGCUCAGUGAUUGUGCAAGCACACUUGGGAGGAAUUCCAUGCCGCUUUCCCAGAACACCGGACCAAUCAAUGAUGGGAGACGCUUGCCAGUAGUUCCGUCGGGAUCUCAGACGCCAUCCGUAGCUCCGUUGCCUCGCACUUCCACCGAAAUCGACUUGACGCUCUCCCCGGAGCACCCUUCAGCUACUGUCCUGACACAGAAGAGCAAGUCGAACGCCAAUAUUCCAGCUGUCCCGCAUAGGCACAAGAUUGGAAAUGUCACGUCCCAAGCGUCGUCAAUUACAUCGGUCGAUCGCGGUGCACCCACAUCAUCACGGCCGCAAUCUCGUGCGGGAUCUACGACUGCCUCUCGUGCUGCCUCUGGCAGUAGGUCCACAUUUCCUGACUUCUCACCCGAAAUAGUGAAGGCAGGAUCGUUCACUGUUCAUUUGCUCCUGGACAACCGGGAGGUCCGUACGAAAAAUGACCGCGACUAUAUUCAAGAUAAUCUUAAGACUUGCGGCAUAAACCCAAUCACCCGACCACUCCAAGUUGGCGAUGCAAUGUGGAUUGCCUGCGAGAGGGGUGGUCGUAAUCGUGAAAUUGCUUUGGAUCACAUUGCCGAGCGGAAAAGACUUGACGACCUAGUUGCUUCUAUCAAAGAUGGGCGGUUCCACGAGCAGAAGUUCCGGUUAGCGAAGAGUGGUUUGAAACAUGUGAUUUACAUUAUCGAGGAUUUCACACUUAAAGAGGCCGAUAGAGCAAUGCAAGACGCUAUGAAUACUGCGAUCAGUUCUACACAGGUUGUCGACGGAUUUUUCGUCAAGAGGACAGGCAAACUGGAUGACACUAUACGAUACCUAGUCAGAAUGACGAAGAAGUUAGAAAAGGAGUACGAGACCAAGGAUUUGAGCCUGAUCCCAGACAAUCUCCUUGACUCGAGCACAUACCAAGCCUUUCGCAAGCACCUGAAUGAGAAAUUCCCCGAAAAACAGUUCAACAUAAAUUACUCUAUUUUCUCAACCUUAGUCUCUAAGAGCGCCAGCCUGAACCUCAGAGACGUAUACCUGAAAAUGCUUAUGUGUGUUCGGGGCAUUAGCUUAGACAAGGCGCUCCAGAUUCAAAAGGCGUAUCCCACCCCCAUCGAACUGGUCGAGGCUUAUGAGCGGUGUGCGAGUGAGGAUGAGAUGAAGGAGAUGAUCAUGAAGCAGUCCGCAAGCGCUCUUGGAAGGAAAAAGGUCGGACCGGCUGUCUCGGCAAAGGUGGCAGAGGUAUGGACUGGGGUUGGGGCCCAAGCGGAUCCUGAUGAGGAGGCUGAAGAUAGUGAUUAGGUAGAACUAGUGUAUUUUUUUCAUUUCCUUUCCCUUUACGGAGUAUGGUUAGGCAUUCUUAGUUGAUGCUAGGCUCUAGUGUCUUCACUUUUUCUCCUUCAUUAUAUUUGGUCUAUGCAUUUCUAGGAGCUUAUCUCUUAUAAUCAUUUACAGGUGCUAUGCUAUCUUACUUUUAGAGGUACAAAA